CGGGAAGAUUUGAUACGCCUAGCGACGACGACACCGACAACAGCCCUCCAACGGAAUCGCCAGUUCCCUAAUUCAAAAUGACCAAGGGUACCUCGAGCUUCGGAAAGCGCCACAACAAGACGCACACUCUGUGCCGUCGUUGUGGCCAACGGUCCUUCCACAUCCAGAAGUCGACCUGUGCCAACUGUGGCUACCCUUCCGCUAAGACCCGCAAGUACAACUGGGGUGAGAAGGCUAAGCGCCGCAAGACCACCGGCUCCGGCCGCAUGCGCUCGCUGCGCAACGUCCACCGCCGCUUCCUGAACGGCUUCCAGACUGGUGUCCCCAAGGGCUCCAAGGGCCCCGAGGCUCACUAGAUUUCCCGUUGUCCGAUUCGGCGUCGCGUUUUUCGUUCUCGGAGAGGCUGGAAAAGGAAUGAGGGGUGAUUACCUGGCAUGACAUGGCCUAGCAUUACGAGAUAGAUUACUCGAAAUGCAAACUGGCAAUUCCGGAAUAUUAACGCUUUCCCGUGGAGUUGGUGUGUGCGAUCGUCUAUCCCGUCCUAUAAAACUGAGGCGGGAAGAAAAA